AUGGUGAAACAAGCGACAAAAGGACAAAAAGAGAUUUAUGAGGAGAAUCAGAAGACGGUGACCACGUACUCGGUGGCCAGCACCGUCAGCAUGGUGAGCAAAUCUUUAUCGAUUUUUCGCAACGUGUAUUGAGCUUAGAAUCAACAAUUUUUAUAGCCAAACAAGAGUGUUAUAAAUUUCAGGCGGUCUACUACUCGUCGUGCAUGUUUCUGGGCACUUGUUCCUCGUCGGACUACGUCUUUUUCGCCGUCUCCGCGCUCAUUCAAAUCAUUGCGAUCGUCUCGAUAAAAGGACUCGCCAGUACGCUUUUUUUCCCCAUACUUUAGUAGAAAACUGGCAUUUUCAAAAUUUCAGAAGCGCGCCUCGACGAUAAAGGCCACGUUUUGGAUGCGGGCGCCGAUUUGAACGAUCCGGACGCGUUUGGCGAGUACUGCAAAGACGCCAUCAUUCUGACCAUCAUCGCACAGGUAAAACGAGCGUUUUUGAAUGCAUUCGCACGAAUUUCCGAUUUCACAGUCGAAAAUUGAAUAGGGAAAUGCUUGCAGUUUUAAUAAGAACAUGUGUAGCAAAAAAUACUUUUGAUUACAUUUAUUUGAAUAAAGCAAAAAAGGCUCGCUCUGCUCAGAUUUACACAAAAUGUGUGGCGAGAGAAGGCUGAAAAAAGAGAUGAACGUUUUGCAGCUAAUCUCAAUGUACACGACGUACGGAUACCUCCUACUCUUGGCCUUCCCCGCCUCGGUCACCUACAAAUUCGUGACCGCAUUCCUUCUUCCGUGGCUGACCGCCGGAUCCGAUGCGGAAGAGGUGGACGAGAAGAAAAUGAAGAAACAGGACAGACGACGCGAAAAAGUCGUCUACAGACGCUAA